CAGGUUGAUCAAGAUGUUACGAAACGUAUCCUUUUACUUGGUUUACACACCUCCGCCAAAACGCAGACAUGUAAAAUAGAAACAUAAAAAUGCAAAUAUAUAGCAGGAAUGCAGCCACUCUCUCAUUGGUCGAACCACUAAUUGCCAUUCUAUCAUUGGCUGCAAUGCUAAUUGACCGUCAGGAUAGGUUGAUUCCUUCGUUUGCGUGAAGCACACACAACCGGUUCAAACCACAGGGCAAACCUAAUAUAAACUGUACGGUCGAUUUUUUCACGGCCACCAUUUUGUUCUAACUUGUUGGAGAGCGUCGCCACCACACUGACACUGACAGAGUCAUGAAGACAGUAGUAGUUUUGGCGCUUUUGAGUCUUGUAUCAGUGGAGGGGUGGCUGUUUAACGAGGAUGCGGAGUGGAACGAUUUAAAAGUGACGUGGGGUCUGAACCAGUUGUUCAGCUCGACUGUGUUUGACUCCCUCCCCCGUACGGAGAGCGACGCCCUGGCCGAGGGGUGGUACGACUUCAGCCGCGGCGCCAAGUGCGAAGAUAGCUUCUAUCGCGGGAACCGGUACAUCCGGGAUGUUGACCCCGCGGUCAUGCUGCUGUUCGACAAGAACGGCUACAUCGCCGGUAUUCAGAUGGGGGUACGUAAAGCCGACCUCCCUGCCCACCUCCCGUCUGACAACAUGAAGCACAUGUGGAACGACGACAUUGACAUGUACGUCAUCACGGCCUACUUCGUAAACCCAGCCACUAUCUGCACCGGCCGCUCGGAGGCGCUGUUCACUCUGGCGGGCACCGGCGAUGGCCUGCACAUCCAGAACGGCCCCAACCCGGAGACUGAUUUCGAGCUUAUCCCCAGGGAUGAGGCUGACAUAGGCGCGACUCUGUGGACCCAGGGAGAGUGCUUCUACACCAUGGGCCAACACUAUUGGUACAACGUCACAAAGGACAUGUCCUGUGAUGACUUUUACCCGGUCUUCCUGCUGUACAACUCCGGCAGGCUGAACGGCUUCGGCUGGAACAUCAACGUCUACCUGGACAGCCCCCGCUACGAACACCCAACAACCGACGUACUUGAUAUGUUCUUCAAGGUUAUUCCGGACUGUUUCUAUGAUAACACCGACCCCAGGGGAGCCACCACCCAGCAUAUCUACCUGGACAGCGCACCUAGCUUCAACUUCUGCUAGAAACAAUGCCUUCCUUUGGCCCUGAGGUACUACGAGGACACCACAGACAGAGCUGUCUUUUCCACCCUUUGGACUGGAUCGCUCUUUCCACCAACCCCAACACAACUACAGUCUUGACUGCAGACAACAGUCGUACAGGAAUCUGGUUACUUCUCCUACCAGACGAAGCGCAGUUUAACCUAGACCAACGCUGAAGAAAACAGAAAACCCCACUACAUACAACUAGAGUCUGCAUCCAUUUCACUCGCAUUUUCAGCUGUGAAAUGGGAAAGUCUCAUGGUCACAAAGUCAUGUGCCUCGCCACAACUGAUCAUUGAUGGUGUAAGCUCAAUUCACACAAUAAAUGAUUACUGUACAGAAAAAAAUAUUGAUUCCUAACUGCUUCUCACUCAUAUUAUUGAUGCAGUGUAUUACAUUAAUUUAGUGAGUAAAACACUUUUUAUGUAUAGUCAUUAUUAAGUAUAAUCACUUCUAGAUCUGUCUACAAAAGUUAAGUUUCUGGUGCUGUUGUUUCUGCUUGUGUGUGACAAACUACACAUAGAAGAUAUUAUCUUCUAUGUGUAUUUAAUCUGUAUAUCUGUGAAUCCUGAUAUAUCAUAUCUGACAAAACACACUGGUAUCACCUGUCCUGUUCACAGAAGUCUGCCUUUAUUUACACAAGAAACAUGGUACAAACACUACAGUAAGUAACAUUACUAAAACAGUAAAUAACACUGGCUUGACUGUAAAAAAACACAACUCCAACUUCACUAGUAUGAUAGCAGCCAUUAACUUUUCACUUAGAGCAACUUCUAACAAUGUCAAAUGCAAGUAACUCCUACAAAAGACUCUUCUGUGUGGUUGAGGAUAGAAUGUUAUGGUUUUACAAGUAAAACUUUGUGAUACACAAAGUUAUGAAGAAACCAAACAUUACAACACUCUUGCAACGGAGUGUGAACAUUACAUAAAUGAUAUAUAAUAUUAUGGCAAAACUCACAUUCAACUCAUUAACUGAUGCUUCACGAAUUUCACUGUGCAAGUGUUUUGUGCAUCAAAUGGUAGACCACAUCAUACCUCCCUGUACAAGCCCAGAUGUGAACGUUUUUCACUUCACUCAUUUGCACUCUGUGAGAAAAGUGCACAUUUCACUGGUGAAAAAGGGAUGAAUUAAAAACUCUGCUGUGCAACCCUCUGAUUUUUUUGUAGUACUCAACUGUAUAACUAUUAAUUCUGCUCUCCUGUUGUAGUGAAACCUAUGGCACGGAGUGUUUUAAUUUCAACUUCUGCUCUACUUUCUGAGGCUAUCAAUUACAUGACUUGUUUUUCAUUUAACAAAAAGGGGAAAACCAGGUGCAAAAGUUGUACUUCUAGUACCCAGUCAUGUAGCUGCUAGCCUGGUAUCCUAUUUUACUUGCCAAGUUUCUUUCGUCUUCUGUGAAAAUAUUAGGGCGAAAGAGACUUUGCAGCUAAAAAACAAUGUAGGUUUGGAUACCAGGCUAGAACCUGCCUCAUACAUAAGUGUGAUGAUCCAGAUGUAAGGGCCUGGUCACAAGUACUCAUUGCACGAU